CUACCUAUUGCUAUGCUUAAUUCACGUGAGGUUUUGCGCGGGACAAGCAACUCCCAUUUCACGAUACCUGGUCCAUAUCGGUUUGGAUAGAUAGACGCGGUACCUCUUCGGCGAGGCGCUAAAGACGGCUGCCUAGCGGUCUCCGGCGCCUUUUACUCUGGAAAAAUGUCCGCUAUGUUCACCAUCAAAGAGCACGAGGAACCACCCUGAGCAAAGUGUGACCUAGAGCUGUUGAUAGUGGAAUACUGGCACAUGUGUAGAGUACUCGGACCUUCUCCCUUCAUGCGGGGUGGAGUCAUAGCCCCAGUUAGAACGCCGUUUAAAAAAUUAGAGUGCGUUGCACUAGAUCUGCCCCGCGAAUCGCGGAGCUCGCAAAUAAUCGGAGCGUAGUCGAAACGACAGGCUCACCAUAAACCGCGAACAUCGCGACAUCCAACCCCACCAUCACCGACCCCACACCACCACCACCACCAGCGCCCCGCACUCAAUCCAGAAGAAAUGUCUUUCUGCAAGUCAACUCUCCGUGCGGCCUCGAAGACAGCAGCGACUCGGCCAUUGAUAUCGACCCGAUCGGUAUCGACCGCCGGGCCCGCCGCAAACCUUUCGACCUCGCCAUUCGCGCCGCGACACUUCCUCUCCAUUGCCGACCUCACACCCAAGGAGCUCUCCACGCUGGUCCGCCAGGCAUCCAGGGCGAAACAUGCAAUCAAGUCGGGAAACAUCCCGUCGUCGCUGCAGGGCACGCUGGCCGGAAAGACCGUCGCUCUGAUGUUCGCAAAGCGCUCCACCCGGACUCGAGUGUCGACCGAAGCCGCGGUAGUGUACAUGGGAGGCCACCCAAUGUUCCUCGGACGUGACGAUAUCCAGCUCGGGGUCAACGAGUCCCUCCACGACACCUCGCGGGUGAUCUCCUCGAUGGUCUCCUGCAUCGUCGCCCGCGUAGGCCCGCACUCCGACAUCGCCGAGCUCGCCAAGACAUCUUCGGUGCCGAUCAUCAACGCGCUGUGCGACUCGUACCACCCAUUGCAAGCCGUAACGGACAUCCUGACGAUGUCGGAAGCGUUCCCGAAGCUCGCGGGUCUCAAAGUCGCCUGGGUCGGCGACGCCAACAACGUUCUAUACGACCUGAUGAUCGCGUGCGGCAAGCUGGGGAUCAGCGUAUCGGUGGCGACACCGUCGGGCUACCCCGUCGACGCGGGCAUGCUCGCCCUCGCGCGCGAAGCCGCGUCCACCUCCGGCGCCACAAUCGAGACCUGCGGCGUCCCCGAGGAGGCCGUCAAGAACGCCAACGUCAUCGUCACCGACACGUGGGUGUCCAUGGGCCAGGAAUCGCAGAAGGCGCAGAAGCUGAGGGAGUUCGCGGGCUUCCAGGUGUCGAUGGAUCUGGCUGCCCGCGGCGGCGCACACAAGGACUGGAAGUUCAUGCAUUGCCUCCCGAGAAAGCCCGAGGAGGUCACUGAUGAGGUUUUCUACUCCCCUAAGAGUCUGGUGUUCACCGAGGCCGAGAAUAGGCUCUACGCGGCUCUGGCGGCCCUCGAGGCGUUUGUCGUCAAGAAGGGGAAGUUUGAGGAGUAGAUAGAGCGGCGGAGAUGGAAAUGAGGCUUUCGUGCUGACACACUCACACACC